UCACUGCCAAACUGCGAAGUAAUCGCAAUCGCAUUCACGCAUCCGAUUUUCCAUCCUCGCAUUCGUCUUUGGUUCACAGUUCGGUUUUCACUGCUGUAAAUCUGCAGUCAGUGUAAUCAGUGUUAUUGUUAACUUGGGGAAUAAAAUUAAUAACCGGUUGCUGGCCUAAGAGCACAGGAUUUUGUUACUUCAAUUUGUUUGACAAAUAUCCAGAUAAAUUUAUUAAAAAUGAGAAUCCACCUUAUCAUUUAUACUAUUUGCAUCGGAGCUAUAUUUGCUCAGACAGAUCUUACAGAAAGUGAUGUAUUAUCAGCUUUACCAGCAGAAUUUCAAAAUGUGGUUAAUGAUAAACAAUUACAAGAUGGUAGGAACAAAACAACCGAUGCAAUAAAAAAAAAGUGUGAAAACAAUGGUGGACCUGAUGCAUUCACCAAUGUUGAGGGCGCCAUGACCAAUUUGCAAUCUUGUAUCCAAGGCUUGAUAAACUUCUCAAGCCUCGGCGAUGAAAUAGAAAAGGCUAAGCCCGAUGGCAGGGUCGAUGAAGUUUUUAAAAAAUAUUGCGACAAGCGUCCGGCAUUGCUGAGCUGUUUCCACAACGCGAUGGAUGUGGUGCAGCAUUGUUUAAGCGCGGAGGAGAGACAGCACGUGCCGCCGCUGCUCAACAUGACGCACCAGCUCGCGGAGUUCAUCUGCUUUAAGGAUGGAGACAGGAUCGCUCUUUUCAUCGCGGAAAAGGGUCCCGAAUGUCUAACAGAGAAGAAGGAAAUGAUCAAUGAUUGCUUGAACAACACGUUUGUUUCUCCGUUAAGCUACAAUAAAAUUCCCGAUGAAAUACCGACGAUUAAGUUUGGGGAAAAAGAAUGUGACCAGUUAACGAAUGUACAAAGCUGCGUGGUGGCUGCGCUGGAGACGUGCGCGGUGCCCACCUCCGCCAACAUCGUCGAGUCUCUCUUCAAGUUCGCAAGAAAGUCGCUGCCCUGCAAGGAAAUAUCUGACACCACGAACAAACCAAACUCUGGUAACGCAGUGGGCGUGGCCUCUCUCACUAUUGCAGCGGUCAUUGUUGCUAACAUGUUCAUUUAAAUAUUUUUUGUGUCAUGUCAUUUUGAUAUUUCGGGUGGUUUCCGAGAUCCAUAUCUCCGUAUAAAACAUAUCGUCAUCUCUGUCAUUAUCUUUGAGAAAAUAGAGAGAACAAAAUAUUGUAAACGGGGAAUUCGGUCUCAGAAACCCGUGGUUAGUCUGCUAUAGUGUGACCAGCUUUUAAUGUUAUUUAGAAUAAGUAUCAAAGUAUUUCUUAAGAGUACAACGAAAUAUUAAAUAAAAAAUCCAAAGGGUUAUUUUUUAAAAUUUCUAAUUUUUUUUUUGUAUUUUGGAUCUUUUUGUGUACAUUCUAAUAGAGAGUACUGUAAGAAAAGAUGCAUAUUACAAUCGUUGCCAAUUUAAAAACUUUGAUACAAAAUCAUAAAUUAAUGUUUUGUAUUGAUUUAAAUAUUUUAUUGUAUUAGUUCUUUGAAGAAAUUCAUUGAGCAAUAUUGAUAUUUAAUGCUGUAGUACAAAAGCAUAAUAUUUUUUAAUGAUUAAUUUUUUU